GUCUUUGGUCUGUGGAAGAGCGGGCAAGCUGCCCAGGAUGACUGCGGGUUGUAAGAGACUGUUCUUUUAUAUCAUUUGACUCAAAGUUUGCCGAGGAGCAAGUCCAGGCAAGUCCUGGGCAAAGGUAGAGAAAUCUUCCGUCUGGAGGACACUGAUGGACGGGUCCUGGCUAAGCGUUGUGAAAUCCUCCAAGGAGCACAGAUGGACACGGCCAGGGGCAGCGAGAGAGAGAUGAGCUGCUGAUAACGGCCGGGAAACGGUCUUUGUGUGUGGGCUUACCUCGAGGAAGAUGGCCAUCUCAGGAGGUACGCACAGGACUCUUGCUCAAGCACCCAGGGGUGUCAGUAGGCAGCAGAAAAUGGAGGAUAAAAGAGGGGCCAACAACCCCGACAGAUUGGGCGGGGUUUUCUGCCAUCUGAUCCUUCACCACGACGGACUGAGAGGGGUUUUCUGCCAUCAGAUCCCUCACCACGACAGACUGAGAGGGUUUUCUGCCGUCAGAUCCCUCACCACGACGGACUGAGAGGGUUUUCUGCCAUCAGAUCCCUCACCACGACGGACUGAGAGGGUUUUCUGCCAUCAGAUCCCUCACCACGACGGACUGAGAGGGGUUUUCUGCCAUCAGAUCCCUCACCACGAUGGACUGAGAGGGUUUUCUGCCAUCAGAUCCCUCACCACGACGGACUGAGAGGGUUUUCGGCCAUCAGAUCCCUCACCACGAUAAACUGAGAGGGGUUUUCUGCCAUCAGAUCCCUCACCACGACGGACUGGAGAGGGUUUUCUGCCAUCCAAUCCCUCACCACGACGGACUGAGAGGGGUUUUCUGCCAUCAGAUCCUUCACCACGACAGACCAGUGAAGGGUUUCUGCCAUCAGAUCCCUCACCACGACAGACUGGAGGCUCUCUGCCUUCAGAUCCUUCUCUCCGGACCGUAUGCUGACGGACUUCCGUGGCCCUGCUACCUGAGACCUGCUGCUUCCUCCCUGACUUACUCUGCGGCUUCUUCCUGCACCCACCCGGUCCUGCCCCCUCUGGUUGCCCAAGACCCCCCUCGCUGCUCCUGCCCUUCGGCCUCGGACCGUCGGAACGUCGUGCAACGGAACUGCUGCUGGAUCCUGGUGCUGCCUAUCCCCGCUUUACGCAAUUCUUGCUUCUUUCUAUCUUUUCCAUCGCUCGCCUUCCCUUCCCCAUCGCCCCGAUCCGGAACAGUGUCCGUCCUCCCCUUUCUCCAUCUCCCUUAUUAACGUUUGUAAUAAACCGGUCGGACCAACAUUUGAACCGUUGUUUCUUAAUCUCACGCCGGGCAUGCAUAUCUCAAAGAACCUCCUCUCCCUCCUACAAAUGGGAGCGAGACAGGCACCUGAGCUGGGCCUCCUUUGGAGCGGCAGUAGCCCUAAUACCCUCGUGGCCAUACUCAGGUGUUUCCACAGCCACCAACCUCGUACCAACCCUCGUGUUCUUCGUACACGAGGCUGACUCAUCCUCCUCCUCCUUCACCAAGACACCAGGCUGGGAUCUUACCAGCGCAUCCCCCUCCUGCAAGCACCGGCCCGUUACGUACAGGCUGUGUUCUAAUGACCCCAAUUUCUAAUGACCCCAAUUACACCCCCGUCGCCUUCUGCAACUGCGAUGUGGACCUCCUGUGUCAGCCCUCGCGCACGCUGACCAAUUACCUGCUCAGGGCCAAACGACUGCACACGUGAGCAGUAAAACGGCGUUCAUUCACUACGAAGCACAGCUUAUAUACCUUUACUUAGGCACUCGUACCAUCGUGUCCUACCCUGAUUCGUCCGUACUGGAUCUUAACCCACAGUUCCUUACUUGGCUCCUAUUGUCUCCUCGUUCCUUCGCCUUCUUAUCUCGUUUACUUCGUUAGCGAAGGACGGUCUGUCUGAGCACAACAGCACCCUUUCACUGUGCUUAGGGAGAGGCCUAUCCCGUGCAGUGCAGCACGUACCUCCGCAAAGCACCCACUGCAACCCCCACCCCCUUUCAUAUCCAGCCGUGCUCCUAAAGAGGUUGAAUUCCUCGGGAAAAGACCGUCAGGAAAGUGAAGUCCUGUCACAGUUACCUAGAUAGAUCUGUGCCCGUGACAGGGGGGCAGUAGGCUCGCGGGCCCCCUCCCCCCCCGGCUUCCCGAGAAAAAAAGAAACAGAGCAGAGGCAACGAUGUAAGAAGGAGGACUUAUUUUACUAACGACGAUGUUGGAGUGCAAGAUGACACAGUAUAAUGCGAUCUCAUUGGGAGUAAGGAUAAUGAAUGGAAUGGAAUGAGAGAGAGCGGAAGAGCGAUAGAGAGAGAGAGGGAGAGAGUGCCUGCAGUGGAAUUCCGGGGUCACAGCCUGAACCGAUGGGUGCGCUCUGUGAGUGUGUGAGUGCGGCGGCGCGGCGCUACGAACGGGGAGGGACACAUUGCUCAGCUCGGCUCUGCCUGCGCGCUGCUGCCGGGAGGGGUGAGUCGAUUCUUUUGGGUAUCUUUCCCUCGUGUGCCUAUUUCUUAAAUAAAGGCUUUGCCACUGCCUUCAUUUGCUCUACAUUUUGGCGAGCCAGGCGGCCAAAUAUCUUUAAAGAUACCCAAUUAUAAGCCUCUUAAAAUAAUUACCAUGACACUUUUGAACAAUUUCAUGGGGUGGUUUGGACGGGGAAAGGCUAGCCCCAUAAGUGAAGUUUUGCCAGGGCACAUCCCGGGAUUCCUAGGAUCCCCAUAUCACGGGAUUGCUUGUAUUAUUGAAAAAUGGGGUCCCCUACGGGAUGCAGGAAAUGUUCAGGAAUCCCCAGCCCGCCUGGCUGAGUAUUUCAGUAGUCUAAACAAAAACGUACUCACUACACGAGAACGACAGUUAGCUGCCUCCACGGUGGCGUGGCCGCUGCUGAUGGCCUUGAACCGGCUAAAUAUAACUGAAGGGGUUCUCACUGAUGAAAAUCAACUAUUACGUGACCGUGUGGAAGAACUGGAAAGACAGGUUGCAAUUUUGAGAGGGAAAAAACCUAACCCUAUAAUUCUGGUACAAAAAAUCCGAAACAUCUCUCUAGAAAUAACUGGGGAUCCUAUACAAGAGAGUCCACAUGAACUGGACUCAGAAAAUGAAAGCACUAAGAAGUCGGAUCUUGAGGCUCCACUGGAGCUUGAUCCCUUUGAGAUCCGACCAGUUGUAACUCAAAAAACAAAAGAAACGCAGGACAGGCCAGCGGGGCUGCCCCCUGACCAGCGGCCCCCUGCCCAGAGCACACUACGUGUAACAGCUCGCCCAUACACGGCAGCUGAAUUAAUGGAUUUAGUACAACGCUUUAGACAAAGACCGAGAGAGAGUGUGCCAGCAUGGUUACUGAGACUAUCUGACGUGGGGGCAGAAAGCGUUGUGGUGAAUGGGCCAGAAAUCUCAAAACUGGCAUCCAUUACUACUCACCCGGCCCUCAGGCAAAGACUAUAUGCGGCUGUGCAACACAAUGAAGAAAAUCAUUCACUGAUUGCAUGGUUAAUGGCCGCAUGCCGUGUGACAUGGGCGAAUAAAACGGACAUACCAUUAAAUACCGGCCUAUGGUCCUCUAUGGAGGACUUACAAAAUUACAUCCGAGAAUGAGGUAUGAAGGAGGCAAUUUAUGAGGACAAUUUUGAGAGCCCAGAUAUGAUAAAAUUUUCCGCAGGAAUGAGGGACCUCAUCCUGCAGCAGGCUCCACCACAUCAGUAUGGAAUUUUGGUAUCCAUACUGAAUCCCCUAGUGGCCUCAGAGGCCGUUAUACAACAGGCCGCCCAAUUGGUGGCAGAUCUGGGGGAGACAGAGCGCCUGCGCGCCAGGCGCAAUGUCCGAAUGGUGGUGGAAAAGUCGGACAUCCGUCCGCCACCACGACCUAGGAGACCUGCCCCUAAUGUAAUUCAAUCUGGACCCAUCAGGGUCUCAAGAAAACAAAUGUUUACCGACCUGAUUAGGGCAGGAGUUCAAUUUCAAAAGAUCUAUGGACAGCCUAACCAGGUCUUAUUACAACUAUGGAAACAGUUACCAAACAGUCAGAGAUUCCAACGCUCUCCUAAAGGGGAAGGAGUUAGACUCAUAGAACGGAUUCCACAAAACACGUGGAAUCUAGAAGACUUCAUAGUCCCAUCAAAAAAACGUAAACCUCCUCAGGUGGCCCGGGCAGCCACAGUUGAGCCAUCAGAGGAAAAAGACUUAGGGAUUGCAGAGCUGAUGGCAUGACAGGGGAGCCAAAAUUCCCCAAGACUAGGGUCUCCAGAGGAGACCGGAGACCCUACGUUGAACUAACGAUUCAUUGGUCCCGAAAGAAUGUACAGCGGGUUAUGGCAUUAGUAGAUACUGGGGCAGAAACAUCAAUUAUAUAUGGUGACCCAAACCAAUUUUCAGGCUCUAAGGCAAUGAUAGGUGGGUUCGGGGGGCAGAUGAUCCCCGUAACACAAACAUGGUUGAAAUUGGGGGUUGGGCGUCUACCACCCCGGGAGUACAAGGUGUCUAUCGCCCCAGUUCCAGAGUACAUAUUGGGGAUUGAUAUCCUGUUGGGUUUGACUCUCCAAACCACUGUGGGAGAGUUCAGAUUAAGGGAAAGA